GAAGAGGACAGGGAGGACCCAAGAUGGCCUUCUUCAACUUAUAUCUAUUAGGAUAUCAAAAUUCCUUUCGGAACAAGAAAAGGGACACAACUGAAGAAACAAACCGGAAAGAACCAGAGCCCACUAGGCUUCCCCUUAUUAUCUCAGAAAAUGGGAAUCAUUCCGUGCACCAGAAUAGCCACACAAGGUACCAGGAAGCUGUACGGAAGGUGUUGUUAAAGACAUUCCCCAAUCAGGUCUUCAGAGUCCCCCUGACUGACGCUCAGAACUUCAGCUUCUGGCGGUCCCACAAUCCAGGAGUGCGCCCAGAGGAAACGAUGCCAUGGAUCCGGAGCCCCCGCCACUGCCUCAUCAAAAGCCCAAUGACCAGGUUUAUGGAUCACUCUAUUCUCAAUGACAGAAACUUCAGUCUGUAUUGAGCAGGAUGUGUUUGCAGAAGGACAAGAUAAACUCUGGAUGGAGGGCAAAGAGGGAAAGAGGGAGGUGUCCUGGUUCCAAUGGCUGACUAAUGGGAGGAGGGGAUUGAGAACAUGGAAUAAACAGAUUGGACUAGAA